CCUAAUUUCCCCGUUUUCUAGGGCUUGUGGGAUGCCGCGCUUGAGUAGAUCCUCGUCGCCAUCGCCGCCUCCAUCGGGCCGGAAGCGCCGAUCGCCGCCCGCUCGGCGCAACAGCAGGCGCUCUCCACACAGAACACCAUCUCCCAGAAGAUCCAAGCGACGCGCUAUAAGCCGAAGCCGCUCUCGCUCACCGAGCUAUAGAUCUCGUAGCCCCGGCCUUAACAAAUCCAGACGAGACAGAGACAGAGACAGAGAAGAAGACCUCGAAAAGAAAAGGAGACAGCAAGAGGCCGAGCUCAAGCUCAUUGAGGAGGAAACCACUCGGAGAGUGGACGAGGCCAUCCGGAAACGGGUCCAGGAGGUGCUGGACUCGGACGAAAUCCAAAAGGAAAUACAGAUGAGGAUCGACGAAGGCCGCAAGAAGAUGAUCCAGGACGUGAACGCGCAGCUGGCAAGGGAGCGAGAGGCCGCCUUGAGAGCUACGCGAACGAAAGAGGAGCAAGAGCGCAAAGACAAGGAAGAUUUGGAUCGGAUGCUGGAGGACAACAAAAGGAAAGUGGAGGAAGCACAGAAGCGAGAGGCGGAAGAGCGAGCUCGAAAAGAGGAGGAGCGGUACCGAGAGCUGGAGGCGAUCCAGCGGCGAAAGGACGAGAUAAUGCGGAGGAGAAAGCUGGAAGAGGAGCUGGAGCGAGAGGAGCAAAUGAAGAUCUUGGGCAAGAAGAACGCUCGCCCAAAGCUCUCGUUUGCUCUGGGCCUCAAGGGAUGAACAAAGACAAAAUUAAGUAACAGAGCUUGGGGAACAAUCCGACGGCAGGAAAUGGGUUUUUGAAAAUGACUUGAAUUUGACUAUAUUAGACUUUAUUUGACCUUUA